CCAACAUUUUUUAUCCACGUGGCAUACGCAAUGACGUGGCUCUCUGUUCCGUACGACUUGUGUUUUAGCUCUAAAACCCCAAAUCAAUCGUUUUGGACUUUGGUUUCCCUCCUCUGCGAUCGGCGAAAGAGAAAAAAAGAGAGUUGAACAGUGCGAUUUCGAAAGCAAUUUCUUCGGUUCCGAUGGAGUCUGAUAUGGAGGUUAUGUCUGAAACUGAUGCGUCUCCUCCGCAGAAGCUACGUAUGUUCGGAAUGGGUAGAACAAUUGAUGAUCGCGAAGAUGAGAGUGGGAGAAGAAGGAUCAAAGAUGUUGAAGUUUAUGUUCCUAUUGUGUGUGGAUCGGUUGCUUUUUUUCUUGGAAAGAGGGCCACAGAAUAUCGAACACAUAAGUGGACUGUCUAUGUACGUGGGGCUACGGAUGAAGAUAUUGGUGUGGUUAUCAAGCGGGUCAUCUUCCAUUUGCAUCCAAGUUUUAAGAACCCAACUAGAGUGGUUGAUUCUCCUCCCUUUGCAUUGUCUGAGUGUGGUUGGGGAGAAUUCAAAAUCGACAUUACUGUUUUCCUCCAUACCGAUGUCUGUGAAAAGAAGUUGGAGUUGUCUCACGUCUUAAAGCUGAACCCGGAGAAUGAAUAUGGUUCUGUUCCUAAGUCUAUCAAGAUACCAGUUGUCGCUGAGUCUUACAAUGAAGUUGUCUUCCCUGACCCUUUCGAGAGUUUCCUCACCCGUGUUUAUAAUCACCCUGCUGUACACAUCUCUAACCUUCCAGAUGGUUUCAUCCUGCCUUCUUCAGGAGUUGCUGAUACUUAUCAUCAGUUGAGAAAUGGAGACACUAAGGAUCAUCCACUCAGUCAAUGGUUUUGGACGUUUUUAGAAGCAGAUGAGCUUUUUCAACUUAAUGCAGCUCGUCAGAAGGUGCAAGCUGAUAUCGCCAAGCUAAAACGACAGCUGAUCAUGGUAGAUGGGCAACCUGAAGGACGUUAGUCUUCAUCUGGCUACUAAUGUUGAUGAUCAUACAACAAAGGAGUUUGUUUGCUCAGAAAGUUUUUGUGAUACCGUUAACAAAUAUCGAUGGGGGUUUAAAAUAUCUUUAUUAUCUGAGCAACUUUGCUAACUGUUAGAACAUGUAAAAAUGAACCUAUUUGUAGUCUAUAUCGGUAUUUGUACCUACAAGUACUAAUGCUUAUG